GAUCAAAGAGAUGUGUCACCUUGACUCUUCUUCAAUUGUGGCAUGUUCUAAUCAAUCUGAGACAGGCUAGAAUGCUGGGUUCUGUUUAUAUAUCAGUGAAGCAGCUGACAUGAAUUACAAAGUUACGCAAUGUAGGCGGACAUCGGACUCCACAUUUUCCUAUAUUUUCUAAUCACCUAGAGAAAAAGGUGUGAGCACACGAUGCAUGAUUUUGUAUGCUCAUUUGACUUCAAUGAUCCAGCAUUUGAGGCUUUUGCAUAUAAGAUAACUGAAAGAAAGAUGAUUGCUGCGGUGAGGGGAAUACUGAUUAACCUGCUGCAAGAUGUGUAACUGCGUGAGCCGCUUGAAAAAUCUCACUGUAUUUCUGUAAGUGGUCUUACGCUAUACACAGCUUGCAAACCCAUUUACCUUUUUCAUUCAUGCCUCUCUUAAGUCAUUACUCAUUACCCUUGUUUUGGAUUUAAGUUUCUCUUCUAGUUUGAUCCUAGCCUUUUCAGACUCUCAGUAGAAGAAAAUGAAGUGUGAUUUUUGAUAUAGCGCGUUUAUGAAGACAAUGCACGUGGACAUCAAGUUCAUUGGCGCAGCCCAGGUUUCUUAGCAAAUAAAUGGAUGGAUUGUUCCAGGCCGCUCAAACAGGGGAUAUUGAGGAAUUACACCAACUGUUAACAAGAAAUCCCCUUAUCCUUCACCAAAUCCCACUUAUACAUGCUCAGAAUCCUUUACAUUUUGCUUCUGCAGCAGGACACUUAGACUUUGCAAAGAAAAUACUGGAAUUAAAGCCUGAAUUUGCCACACAGGUGAAUGCAGAAGGAUAUAGCCCAAUGCAUUUAGCAUCAGGAAAUGGACACCUACAGAUAGUAAGAGAGAUCAUCACCAGAACUGACUCAAAUGUUUGCCGUAUCGAAGGAAAAGACAGGACUACCCCUCUUCAUUUAGCCGUGCUAGGAGGUAGGGUUGACGUGAUACACGAAAUUCUAGCUAAUUGUGAAGGAUGUAUGGAUGAUGUGACGGUGCAGAAAGAGACGGCUUUGCAUCUUGCUGUCAAGAACUUUCAGGUUGAGAGCUUUCGGGUUUUGUUGGAUUGGACCAGGGAAACGGGCAAAGAAGAGAUUCUGAAUGGGAAGGAUGAACAUGGGAAUACCAUCCUGCAUCUUGCAAUCUGGAAGAAGCAAAGACAGGUUGUAGAAAUGCUUCUCAGAAACAAUUCCAGGACUCUGGAGGUGAAUGCAAUAAACAAGAGCUGUUUAACAGCACUGGACUUACUGUCGAUUUUCCCAAGUGAAGCCGGUGACAGAGAAAUUCAGGAAAUUCUACUGUGUUCUGGGGCACUAAAAUCCCGAGAUCUUACCCCCCACACCACAACAACUUGCUCCUCAUCAACAACAAACGACCCUUCAGCAAACAGCCAUUCAAAGGAUCUCGUCAAGUACUUCAGUUUCCACAACGGAAGAGACUCUCCAAGUGAUGCACGAAGUGCACUUCUAGUCAUAGCCGUGUUGGUAGCAACAGCAACGUACCAGGUUGGUAUCAGCCCACCCGGUGAUGUAUGGCAGGAUAACGGCGAAGGCCAUCUAGCCGGAACUUCUAUCAUGGGUACUCGUGACUUGAUUUCAUUCAUCGUUCUAGUUUCAUGCAAUUCUAUUGGAUUUAACGUCUCUCUAUACAUGAUAGCUACAUUAACCAGCAAAUUCCCAUUACAGACAGAGCUUCAGAUCUGUCUCUUAGCAUUGUAUGUCACAUUCAAUGUUGCUGUAACUGGUACUUCACCGAAAGGCGCCAGAGUUUUUGUAAACGUGUUCACAUCAGUGUUGCCUACCGCGGUGCCUCUUUGCUGCGGUUUGCUCCGGAAACUCAGAGUUUUUGAACGUAUGAGUGGGAUAUUUCGCAUGUUUAGAAGAGAAUGUUAGUGAGAUGCUGAAAAAUGAGACCGAGCGAUCAUAAUCUUAUUCAUAGUUCAUUGUAAAUAUCUGUAUUCUGUAACCCAUCCCUGUUGGCUGUUGUUACCUCUAUGAAAUUCUUAAAAAUCUCUUUUUUUCUUUUGUUUUUUGGUUUUA